AUGGCAACAUUGGGUAAUCAUCAGGAAGAAAGUUUCAGUUAUGCUUCUAAUAUAGUCAAACAUCUGUACGAAUAUCAACAAAAGUACUGGAAACAUUUUACUCGUUUUGCUUCGUUUUUUGUUUUGAAAAAAGGGGCGCAGAUGGAAAAGGGUUUGACAACCGGAAAUGGAUUAUUGGAUUUUCAGAUUAUUAUAGUGAAACAUUUUGUUGAAGAAGAACAAGUUCGUUUUGCUUUUCCAAAAGCGUGA